GUCUUGAUAUAGGCAGCAACACAGGCAGACUUAACGUGGCUGUCGGGCCUGUAUACGGGGAGUGUUCAGAGUGCGAUCCCCGAUCCAUCAUUAGACAGACUAGACAGUCGCGAAGUUUGCUUUACCAAGUCAGUUCGCUAUUCGCAUGCGUCAGUUCAAUAUUUUUCCAUCUCUGUGAAAAAUGGCGUUUGGUUUAGCCGCUUUUUCGUAUAUUGUUGCGCUGAUUGUUGACGCGUUUCUAAUAUUUUUUUCAAUAUUUCAUGUAAUUGCAUUUGACGAGCUCAAAACAGAAUUUAAAGAUCCGAUUGAUCAGUGCAAUAGUCUGAAUCCACUUAUACUUCCAGAAUAUGGCUUGCACUUCCUAAUAAAUUUCUUCUUUUUAAUCAGUGGUCAAUGGCUAUCCUUAAUUUUGAAUAUACCACUCAUGGCUUACCAUAUUAACAGAUAUCGUACCAGGCCCAUAAUGACAGGACCUGGCUUGUAUGAUCCCACUAGUAUCAUGAAUAUGAAUGAUCUCAACAGAUGCCAAAGAGAAGGUUGGGUCAAAUUGGCAUUUUAUCUAAUAACAUUUUUCUACUACUUGUAUGGAAUGAUCAGUUCAUUAAUCCAAUAAAUAAAAUUAAAAUCUUAAGGAUUCAUCUGCCAUGUUACCAAUAAGGGAAUUUAAUAGGCAAUGUUUUUAUUAAUGUAAUUAAUUUAUAAUCUAUGGACUGUAAAUAUGUGUGGUGUAUUUUUAACUUUGUAAAUGUACUAGAGAUUUGCUGGUAACUUUAUAAUUAUAAUUCAAGAAUUAAGAAUACUUAAAAGUGUACAAUAGUCUUAAAGUAAGAAUAACAGAUACAAAUUUUAAAGGAUAGUUAAACAAUAACAGUGGCUCGCAAGUAUUUUUUUUAAAUAUAUUUAAUAUGUUUGACAUUAAUACUAUUCAAACAAAUACACAAUUAACAAAUUUUUGUUCAAACUUGUCUUGAAAAAAACUUAUCGUUUAUAAUUAUUUUUAUUUUUGAUGUUAUUUUUAUGUUGUCUUCCAAUCAAGACAUGAGAAGUGCUGGAGAAAAUUUUCAGACUAUUGUCUUUAAUUGAACGACUAUAGCUAUAAAAAAUUAUUUAUAUGGCUCAAAAAUUUUUUCAUAAAAAAUUAUCAAAAAU